UAGCUGAACUGCUUUAAUUAUUUCAAGUUCAUCGGAAAAGCAUGAACAUGAUCUCCCCCUUUUCUCUCUUCUUCCUUUUACUUCUUGCUGCCUUUUGCUUUUCCUCUCAAGCUUUUGGAGCUACCCAGCUGCCAGAAAAUGAAGUACAAGCUCUGCAAAUCAUAGCAAAGACACUUGGGAUCAAGAAUUGGAAUCCUAGCGCUGAUGAAUGCAAUAAGCUGGUGGGACAAAAUAAUUGGACUUCAUGUUCGGAAUUCAAAGAUGAUGAAUAUCAGAAUGUUGUCAUCUGCAAUAAUUGCUCCAGUGACACCGUUUGUCAUGUCACUAAUCUAUGUAUGAAACGACAAAAUCUCGCGGGUACACUUCCGCCAGAACUAGUGAGGUUGCCUUACCUUCAAGAAAUUGAUCUUACUUUUAACUACCUGAAUGGCACAAUUCCUACGGAAUGGGGCUCCAUGAAUCUUCUCAACAUCUCUCUUGGAGGAAAUCGGUUAACUGGCCCAAUACCAAAAGAGAUAGCCAACAUAUCCACUCUCCAAAAUCUUGUUGUGGAGUCCAAUCAAAUGUAUGGAGAUCUUCCCCUUGAGCUUGGGAAUCUGACGCAGAUUCAAAGACUGUUACUUUCCUCCAACAAUUUUACAGGAGAGCUACCUGCAACACUUGCCAAGCUCACUAACUUACAGGAUAUUCGAUUUGGGGAUAAUCAAUUCUCUGGAAAGAUUCCUGAUUUUAUUGAGAGCUGGACAAGUCUCAAAAUAUUGAAUAUUAUAGGGAGUGGACUAAGUGGGCCAAUUCCUUCUGGUAUUUCAAAAUUGAGAAACUUAACUGACUUGAGAAUAAGUGAUUUGAGUGGAUCUGAAAUUUCAAGUUUUCCCGAACUUAGUACUAAGUCGAUGAAAUAUCUGAUUUUAAGGAGUUGCAACAUUCAUGGAACACUAGAGGAUUAUCUCUCAACAACGACAAUAUCACAAAUCUUAGACCUCAGCUUUAACAAAUUGACUGGACCAAUUCCACCUUCCUAUAAGAAGCUGACAAAAGUGAAUUACAUAUUCUUAACUGGAAACCUUCUCAAUGGAUCAGUGCCUUCAUGGACGAGUGAUGCUACCAGCUUAGAUCUUUCAUAUAAUAACUUCAACCAAGAUAAUCAGCAGCAAUGUCAAUCUGGAAAAGUGAACUUAUUUGCUGCUACCUCUCCGACAAUUAACAAUUCAGGAAUUGUUUCAUGUUUGAGAAGCUCUGUCUCUGGUUGUUCUAAAGUUAACUCUAUCCAUAUAAACUGUGGAGGAACAUCGCUAAAAGUGAAGGGAAUCACAUAUGAUGUAGAUACAGAUGAAGGGACAGCAUUGUUUACCAAAGGUCAAAAUAGAAACUGGGCAAUUAGUACCACCGGUGACUACACGGAUGUAGAAAAAGAGUAUUCUACUUUCUCAUUGAAUAACACUUCUGGCCUCGCUUUCAAUGAUGCUUAUGGCCAACUAUACAAAGAUGCACGUGUUUCUCCUAUUUCUCUAACGUACUAUGGAUUUUGCCUUCAUAAUGGAAACUACAAAGUCAAGCUCCAUUUCGCCGAGAUCAUGUUCACCAAUGAUCAAACCUAUAAAAGCCUUGGAAGGCGUCUAUUUCACAUCUACAUUCAGGGAACAUUGGUGGAAAAGGAUUUUAAUAUUGCAAAAGAAGCAGGAGGUGUUGGUAAGGGAAUCAUAAAAACUUACACAGCAGCUGUCACUAAUAAUACCAUUGAGAUUCGAUUUUAUUGGGCUGGAAAAGGGACAACUACAAUCCCACAGAAAUCAGUGUACGGUCCUCUUAUAUCAGCCAUAUCUGUGGAGAAUGAAAAUGGAGGUAGCAUAUCAACAGGGGCUGUGAUUGGAAUUGUUGCUGCAGUGUUAAUUAUCAUCAUCAUCUUAGUACUUAGUGUGCUUUGGUGGAAGGGAUACCUAGGAAAGAAACACUCUCCUUCAAGAGAGCUUAUGAGUUUAGAUAUACAAACAAGUUUAUUUCCCCUAAGACAAAUCAAAGCAGCAACAAAUAAUUUUGAUAUCACCAAUAAAAUUGGAGAAGGAGGAUUUGGUCCUGUGUACAAGGGAAAGUUACCUAAUGGUACAAUAAUCGCAGUGAAACAACUUUCUUCAAAAUCAAGGCAAGGAAAUCGUGAAUUCUUAAAUGAAAUAGGUGUAAUUUCUGCUUUACAACAUCCUUGUCUUGUUAAACUCUACGGAUGCUGUGUUGAAGGAGAUCAAUUAUUAUUGGUAUACGAGUACAUGGAAAACAAUAGUCUUGCUCGUGCGUUAUUUGGUCCAAAGGAACACCAAAUACAAUUGAAUUGGCCAACAAGACAGAACAUUUGUAUUGGUAUUGCUAGAGGCUUAGCAUACCUCCAUGAAGAAUCGAGAUUGAAGAUAGUUCAUAGAGAUAUUAAAGCCACAAAUGUCUUGCUUGAUAGAGAUCUUAAUCCAAAGAUAUCGGAUUUUGGUUUGGCCAAACUUGAUGAAGAAGACAAUACCCACAUUAGUACCCGAAUAGCAGGAACAUAUGGAUAUAUGGCUCCCGAAUAUGCAAUGCAUGGUUAUCUGACUGACAAAGCAGAUGUCUAUAGUUUUGGAAUUGUUGCUUUGGAAAUCAUUACUGGAAAGACUAAUACAACUAUGAGGCAAAAAGAAGAUGUAAUUUAUCUGCUUGAUUUGGCACGUUUAUUGAAAGAGAAAGGCAAUCUAAUGGAAUUAAUUGAUAGAAGAUUGGGAUCAAACUUUGAUGAAAAGGAAGCCAUGGUAAUGAUUAAGGUGGCUCUAUUAUGCACUAAUGUGUCUCCAGCACUUAGACCAAACAUGUCUUCAGUGGUAAGCAUGUUAGAAGGAAAAACUAUAGUUCAAGGACCAACUUUUGAUGAGCAAAGUGAGGGAUUGGAUGAGAAGAAAUUGGAGGCAAUGAGAUUGUAUUGUUUUGAAGACCAAAGUAUCUUAACAGAGGAUCCAUGGACUACUGCAUCUACUUCUACAAAAGAUUUGUAUCCAUUACAUUUGGACUCUUCUUACUUAGAAAAGAGAAAUCAUUAGAGUUGUUAAAUUUUUAGUAGAAAAAAUUGCAGUUAGCACCAAUAUCAUUCAGUAUGUUAAGUUGGUAUCCAAAGCCUUAUUUGGUAAACUAUUGAAUAAAGUCGGAUAUUGUGGUAGUAAUAGGGUCUAUGACUAGCAUUUUUUAGCCAUGUUUAAUUAAAGGUGAUUUCUCCAGAACCUGUUAGAAUUGUAAGGGUUAUUUACCCAUGAAGAGUUGUGGCUGUUAGAAUUGUAAGGGUUAUUUACCCAUGAAGAGUUGUCACAAUCACAGUCAUUAAUCAAGUGAAAUUCUCAAAAGUUCAUUAAGUGAUGUUA